AUGGCCGCUUGUUCUGGAAAGAUGGGUGGAGAAGCCGCCUGCAGAUUAUCUCCAAUAUAUAUAUGUGUGGGUUCAGAUGAGGAAUAUUCCGAUCAAUCACUACACAAAGAAAGCACUAUUGGUCCUGGGGGAGGUUUUGCUGGAGAAGUGAUUGAAGUUGCUUUUGAUCUAGAAAAGCCACAGGUUAAAGAGUACAUAAGGGUUUAUGUAAAGUUUGAUGUGUCUAAACCUCUGAGAAGGGGGGAGGGAUUUACGAUUCCAGGAGGAGAAGAGUUGAACAUCUUAUAUGACUAUGAAAGAAUUCAGAAAAGGUGUUAUACUUGUCAGCGUCUUACUCACGAGCAACCUCAAUGCCCUUUCUUCAAGAAGGUACAUAUUGUGCCAGAAAAGCUUAUAGUUGCGUCGACAGAGAGGAUUCCACCAUGGAGGAUGGAGACUAUGGAUGAAUCUGAUCCGCUUUUUAGGGUGAUUCCGGAAGAUCAGUUAGGAUUGGAUCCUUUGUCCGGAAAACCGAAGAUAGCGAAAGAAGUUCUGGAAGGGAUGAGAAUGUAUCUGAUGGUAGCUGAUGGACCCGAAAAGAUAGCUAGGAUCGAAAGGAUAAGGAAAUCUUUGAGAGACCUUGAGAAUGAUCCUAUUGGUCAAAAAACCAUGCUCAGAUUGGAACCUAUGCCUACUGUGACAAAUGAUCUUGAUAAAGGCAAAGGAAUCGUCUUCAACUUUGAGCAGAAAAAGGAAGUAGCUCAUAAACCUGAGAAGUUAAUGGCGAGUGCAAUCUCUGCGGGUGUCAGAGUCCUACGAUCUGGGAAGGUGGUUACAGCUCUGCUAGACCUGAAUGAGUAUUCUGGUAGUACCCAAUCCGGUUUGCUGAUGGAGGGUUCAACGGGUUAUAGUGCUAGUUUCUUUGAAACUAAUGCUUCCAGGACUACUCUAAAGAAACCUAAAUCCAGAAGAAGGCCGGAAACUUACACAAGAAAAGCAAACGGAAACGUGCUCUCGGAGGAGAUUCGGCUAAGGGGACGAAGAUAG